AAAUGGUGGGAGACAUGAGUGGGACAGUUUGAAGGGGUCAAGGAGGCAUGGGCUGGGCGUGAGAAGAGCGUGAGAAUGGCAAGGCAGGGCGUGGUGAGGGCGUGGGGACAGCGUCAGGCCUCCCGUGGCUUGCGUCUCGGCGUCACCCACCAAGUCACUCUAUCGCACUUAUCUGCGUAUCAUCCUUAUCAGCGGCACCAGUGCUGCUCGUCCUUCGCCAGGCAGCUGCCCUGCCACAACACUCGCUUAUCAGGGACGCCGCCCACUCCUGGACCCGCCCACACUUGACGCCCACACACGUGACUCCCUCCAGCUGAGGCGACGCCCCGCUCUGCCUCACACUCCCAGUACUGCUCCCCGCGCUCCGCUCCCCUCCCUCCCGCGCUCCUCACAUGUCAAAACCCAAUAUUAAGUAACCCCACCACCUCACACGUGCCUCGCCUCACCCCAGCAACCCCAGGAACCCCGUGGUGAUGAGGGGAAGGCAGCGAUGGGCGGGGAAGCGAGGAGGCUGGGUGGUGCUGGGCGUGGCGCGGCCAAUCAGCAGGCAGGCGGAGGGUGCGGCAGCCUCGCCCAUCAGCCAGGCCCAACAGGUAGUUUAGUGUUCUCGUCGCCACGAGGGAGUGAGGCUGUGUGGCCCACGCCUGUGAUACUCUGUAGAUAGAAUUAGUGCUAGUGUCUGUUUAGUAUUUUUAUAUACUUGGUGCGGAAAGCCGUGCGGGUGGUGUGGAGUGACGCGUUGUGCUUGUGGGGAGAGUGAGCCGAGCAGCAAGACCCCCUCCGUCCUGCAGUGCCUUUCUUGGAUUAAUGAAUGCCUAACGAGGCGGUGACAGGUGUCUACUGACCUCGGGGACACCAAAGACCGUGCCACAGACCCCAGCAGUGCAGUGCCGCCGCCGCCGCCACGCGCCAUCACGCCGACACAGCAGCAGACAAGGUGAGGGAUGGUGACCUCUCUGGGGCUCGAGCCGGCGCAGCAAUGUAAGCGUGUGGGGGUGAGCGAGGAGGGGGGGAUAGCGGCCCCUGUACUUCUCAAGGUCCCUGCUCUUGGGAAGCGACCAGCCAUGCAUCCUAACAUGACAUCCAAGGAGCACUCCAGUCAACACUCUCACCGCCACUCCUCACCUCUGCAGGCUGAGGGGCCGCCGGAGCAGGUGGAGCCAGUGGACCUGAGUGUGAGGACCACCAAGUUGCACGAGAAGGAGGCUGACCUACCCAUUCGCAGCUUCAAGGAUCACUCAGGGGUCGUCCUCAAGGUGCCCACCAUCUCCUCCCUCGCCCUCCAAAGCAUCGGUGUGGGGGUUGACCUCUCCCUCAAAAAUGAACACGACUCCCCGCCCGGCGCAGAGCCCUUCAGCGUGAGUCUGGAGGCGGCCCUGCGGACUGGCUCCACCACCCUCCUCUCCAUCAGCAAAUUAAGAGAAGCAUCGUUGAUGUCUUACAGGGCGCUGUGCGGGAAGAGGUCCCUCAGCGAGAGCCCCUCGCCGCCGCCCUCCUCGGGCCCGCCGGUGGCCCACCUCGCCUCCUCGGGCGUCUCCGUGUCCAUCUCCUCCGCCGCCGCCGUCACCGCUGCCACGCUCCUCUCACCUUCUUCACACUCACUCAUCUCCUCGUCGUCGUCAUCGUCGUCGUCCCCUCCAUCUCCUCCCACGGGCGCGCGGACACCAGGACGGCCGCCGCCCCCCACUGCCGACUACACGGACGCACUGCGGCGGCGAAAGGUCCACAAGUGUGACUUUGAGGGAUGCGAAAAGGUCUACACCAAAAGUUCGCAUCUCAAGGCACACAAGCGCACACACACAGGAGAGAAGCCGUACCAGUGCACGUGGGACGGCUGCAUGUGGAGGUUUGCACGAUCUGACGAGCUGACGCGCCACUACCGUAAACACACAGGCCAGAAGCCCUUCAAGUGCCAGCUGUGUCAGCGGUCAUUCUCGCGGUCAGACCACCUCUCGCUGCACAUGAAGCGGCACUGAGGGCGCGGCGCCGCGGGCUGGUAAUCUCCCCGUCCGCGGGUGCCGGGACCGCUUGGUCCUCGCCCUCCCGCGCGGAGGUGCUGAGGGACGGAGAAAACACGUGCCAAGGGCGCCUCCAUGAAGCGCGCAUCACUGGCCUCCGGGGAUAAGCGCAGGGGGCGGAGGCUGCAGCGGAGUCUGGCCUCGCUUCUCCCGGCGUCGGCGUGGGCCGGACACCGCGCCGGCUGGCCUCUCUUCCCCCGCCGCGGGACGAGGUGACGGUCUGACGGGACGCAGCUGGUGCCGUUGGAUCCCUGUACAGUUUGUGUCGACUUAAAGCUAAAUACAAACCUUCGCCUCGGUGUACGAACAGUAACUCUGUGUUAUCACUAGUGAUAGUGUGUGAUAGUAAGGGAAACGCACUUUUAAGAAGUUGUUCCAACCAAGGAGGAAAAUGCACAAUGGUCACUAAAAAAGAAAACGUAAAUCCAGGGUUGCGUCGCUAAUCUCCAGCACGUGACGAGUGCUUCAUGCAGACAAUAUACCGACAUUAUACAUUGAACCGCUGUCUUCCAGAUGCCUUGUGACUUACCAUAGAAUGUAUUUUCACUUCAGAAGAAGCAUGCGCUCCAGAGACAUUCGUCAUGAUUGGAUUUUAUACAAUAAGCUGGUUACAUUAGCCUCAGUAUUUGGCAACUUUUCACAAAGGUGGGGUUAUUCAAAUCUUUUACGCUUGGAAAGAAAAAUUUCAGCAGUGAUACUAUUUCUAAGCACAAAUAGAUAAACAGUGCAUGUAGUAGUCUUCCAACUUCCUUGUGAUGGAAACAGUGUUAACUUACGAGAUCUUCCAUUACUGAGCUGACAGCCCAAGAUAGCCUCGGCAGGGGCACCCACCCCCGCACACCCCUCAGGAAAUCCCCUCACCCCUCAUCCUUCACCCCUUCCCCAUCACCCCGCAGGGCAACUGUUCCUUGCGGGGAUGACACAAUUGACAGUAGUUUAUUUAUUACCCUUGAUUCCUUUGAGUGUACAGGCAGUUCCUCCCCGCCCCACCAUACCAUCCCUCCCUCCCUCCCGCCCCGAGCCUCGCCGUGUGCCGCGUUGGGUGCCCUUGACGAGUUCACUUGUAGGGACCACGGGACUACAGGGCCUCAGUGCGAAGCCUUUGCUCGAUUUUAUGUAGGAUACGCAGUCUCCACGAUGUAUUUAGAAUCAAAAGAACUGUGAUUUCUCUCACUGUACUUAUUUCUGCGACUCCUGUGUUUCGUUGUUGUUAAUUUUCUUGGUUCUGAUAAGUCUUUUUUUUUAUAUAUAUAUAUCGUCUGAAAUGCACCCAAUAGGGGAUCUAACAUAAGUAUAGUACAAACUGCUAGCCGGAGUGCUUCUUCUUUCGUUGUUAUUAUUGUUAUUUUUUAUUCUAUUAUUUCUCCUUCAGUGCGACAUCAACUCUGUGGGGUCUGUACUGCCACCUGGCGGCUCUCAGGUGAACUCUUAGGGCGCUCGUGUCGUGAGGAACUGGCAGGUGUGGUUUUGUCCCAUUUUGUCCCAUUUUUGCAUUUUCCUCAUUUCCUCAUCUUUGUUUUCUUCACUUUCCUUCACGUUUUCUUUCUCAUUUCACUCAAUUUCCUUUUCUUCGUUUUCUUUUCCUCCUAUUUUUACUU